AUAAGACAAAUAUAUAUGUUUGAAAAUACAAAGUUUUCAGAAUCUUUUAUUUAUUCACCAAGAGUAGUGUUCACACUUCUCUCAGCCUUAGUAGCUAUCACGAUGGGGGAUAAUUCAGAACUUCAAGUCCUUCAGUCCAAUGGGCAAUUCACAAACAAACUCUAUAAGAUAUUAUCAGAAAAGGAAGGAAAUGUGUUCUUUUCGCCAAUAAGUGCACAUACUGUAUUAUCUAUGUCAUACCUUGGUGCAGAAGGUACCACAAAAGAAGCUUAUGUAAAAAGUCUAGCAUUACCGGACAAAGAAUCCACAGCCAACGGUUACCAGCAAAUCUCAAGUAAAUUGAACAACGCACCCAAUAUAACCCUCUACAUGGCCAACAAAGUUUACGUUGCCAAUGUUGCAAAACUAAAGGAAAGUUUCUCUAAAGCUGUUGUCGAAAAAUUCAACUCCGAAGUGCAAACUGUUAAUUUUGGUGCCAAUGUAGAAGCAGCCAAAACUAUAAACAGCUGGGUUGAACAAAAAACUGUGAACAAAAUAAAAAAUCUCAUUUCUCCUGAUGAUUUGGAUGCUCUCACCCGACUUGUACUAGUGAAUGCUAUCUAUUUCAAGGGAUCAUGGCACAGGAAAUUCCAGAAGAGUGACACCAGAACCGAACCUUUCUAUUUGAACGAAAAAGAUACAAUUGACGUACAAAUGAUGCAUAUUGAAAAGUCUUUCAGAUUCAAGCAUGAUGAUAACCUGAAAGCUAAGGUUCUCGAGAUGCCUUAUUCUAACCAAGAAUUCAGCAUGGUGAUCAUUUUGCCCGAUGAAAGGGAUGGCAUUAAAGAUUUAGAAGCUAAAUUGGAGAAGGUUGACUUGACAAAGAUCACUGAGGAUAUGUACCCCUCUGACGUUAAUGUAGCUUUACCCAAGUUCAAGAUUGAAACAACUGUGAAUUUGAAUGAGGCUCUCGACAAGAUUGGACUUGGUGAAAUCUUCUCGAAUGGAGCUAACUUCAGUGAAAUACUCGAGGGAAAUGAACCCUUAGCAGUAAGCAAAGUUAUUCAAAAAGCCUUCAUUGAAGUCAAUGAAGAAGGUGCUGAAGCAGCUGCAGCUACUGGCAAGAGAAUAAUAAAGAAAAGAAAAGGAGUGUAUGUGCAUAAAGAAAAUAUGGUGUGCGACCAUCCAUUUGCACAUCUUAUCUGUGUGAAAAAUGUUGAUGGUUCAAAUAGCGUACUUUUCGCCGGAAAAUUUGCUCUUCCACCUCUUCAAAUCCAGGACGAACCCUAAACCACUAGGAUUGAUUUGCCUUUCAGAAAAUUGUGAAAUUAAAUGAAAUGGAGAUAUAUUCAAAUAAUAUGUUUGGCAGUCUGUUAUUGUCGAUUAGGUUGCUUUUGUUAUAUGCGUUGAUGAUUUGCUAUGCUUCAUUUUGAAGAAAUGGAUAAAAGUUUUCGUAAAUUACGCUUAUUUUAGUGAACGAACGUACAUAGAUAUGGGAAAAAUCAACAAAAAAUGAUUUGUCUUUUUCUUUUUUCAUUUUAAUUUUACUACUAUUAUUUUAGUCGAGUUACUUCUUCAUCAAUUGAGCCAGGUUUGAAAAUAAGAGAUCUUCAAAAAAACAAUUACCUCUAAAUACCUAAAUAUUUUUAUUGACGGACUGGCUAUAUUUUUUUAUACAAAGCUUUUCAAUCUUUUUUUGUUGAUUCCACAUGAUGAAAAGUUUGUUGAUGAAUUAUUAUUAUAAAUAUCUAUAUAACAAUGAAGUCAACGCUUACGAACAGAGAAAAAGCUCAAGGUGUAUCCAUUGAAAAAUUCUAUUGAAAAUUUAAACAUAUUACCGAAUUAAAUGAAAGAGUAUGGUACAUUUGAUAUCUUAAACUCUAAAUUAUGGAAAAUUUUUAUUAUUGGACAACAAUGAUCUUCAAAAUCGCAGUUUUCGACCAAACUAUUACGCCAAAAUAUUUUUCUUUAGAUUAUUAUAAAUAGAUGAUUGUGAUGUACCUAUCUUUCAUCCGUCGAUGAUUCAAAACUUUUGACCGCAUUGACCUGUUGCUUUAUCAGCAUCCAAAAAACAUUUCGAAUAAAUACAGACUAUACUGACUCUUCAAUAAAAUUCCGUGUUAGAAGUUCCAAAAUUGAAUUAUCUGUUUUCUUUUUGCCAACUAGCAAAUUGCACUUGUUAUUGCCAAGCUGCUUUCAAUGUAUACAACUCGAUAUUGCCGAAAAUAUCAAUUAAUUAUUCAUAUUUGUCAGGUAUGAUGAUUAUGGCUAGAUGUCUAAUAUUACCAAGGGAGCCAGAAGAUUUCAUUGUCGAUCAUCCCUUCAUUAUACAAAUUGCAAAAAGUGGCAAGAA